CCUUCUGGAGCGUCUGAGAGGCGCAGGAACAAAUGUCAGUUUUAUGAAUAGUUCCUUUUCUAGAACAAAGUCCCACGCAUGUCAUGCGAAAACAUGCGAUGCUUUUUUUCCCUUUCAGUUCAACAACCCAGUGUUCAGACUCGUUUUAAAAACAUAUCUCCUCCUCCAGCUGCAUUUGUAGACUAAACUGUUGUCUCACUUUGUUGUCUCUGUGUCUGACGAGGUGCGAAUCCCGAAGGAAUUGACUUCCUCCUCCUCUUCUUCCACCUCCUCCUCCACAUCGUCUUGAUGCAGCAGCAGCCAACGCGGUGAGUGCGUCCUGCAGCAGCAGCAGCAACAACAACAGCAGCAGCAGCCUCAGCAACAGCAACGCACCUGUCGUUUUCUGGACGAGCUGAUAACCGUUUUAGGAGUAAAACAAGGCAUUCUCCGGGGAUCCGUGAAUACCGAUGGCUUCAUGUGUAAAUAUUGUCUCUGAAAAUUACGCAUCGAGCCCUUGUAGCUGAAGUGUGGUAGCGCUGAGGGGAGCAAUCUCUGUGCAUCCCUGUGAACACACACGCCAAGACACACACACACACACACACACACACACAUACACACACACACACACACACACACACACACACAUAUGUUGGGGAGCCUUUUGGAUACAAGCACUUCACAAGAGACAAUGAGAGGCUACCUGCUGACUGCAAUCUUUCUGCUGCCCUUGGUGGCCUCAGAGUCCGAGCACUGCCUAAUCAAGCAUGAACAUGAGAAAUGCAUGGAGAGGAUCAUGCUGCACAACCCCAGCAAUGACCUUGAAUCAAUGUGUCCGUGGAUGUGGGAUAACCUGACCUGCUGGCAGGCGGCCAAUGUUGGCGAAGUUGUGGUAUUCAACUGUCAGGAGCUCUUCCAUGACUUCAUGGACCCUGUGGAUGAGUUGGGGAAGGUCAGUCGUAACUGCACCGAGGACGGUUGGUCUGAACCUUUCCCUCACUAUGCGGAUGUCUGCUUCUUCUAUGACAACACCACUAAACCUGACACGUACUACACCUCAGUCAAGGCCCUGUACACAGUUGGCUACAGCACAUCGCUGGUGUCUCUGACUACAGCCAUGGUCAUUCUCUGCAGGUUCAGGAAGCUCCACUGCACCAGGAACUUCAUUCACAUGAACCUGUUUGUGUCCUUCAUCCUGAGAGCCAUCUCAGUCUUCAUCAAGGAUGGGGUGCUGUAUGCUCAGGAAGAUAGUGACCACUGCUUCGAACACACAGUGGCGUGUAAAGCAGUGAUGAUUUUCUUUCAUUACUGUGUCAUGUCCAACUAUUUCUGGCUGUUUAUUGAAGGUCUUUAUCUCUUCACUCUGCUGGUGGAGACUUUCUUUCCUGAAAGACGCUACUUCUACUGGUACACUAUUAUAGGAUGGGGAACUCCCACCAUCUGUGUCACUGUCUGGGCAGUUCUGAGGCUCCACUUUCAUGACACUGGAUGCUGGGAUACAAAUGAUAACACUGCCCUCUGGUGGGUGAUCAAAGGACCUGUUGUGGCCUCCAUUAUGAUCAACUUUGUCCUCUUCGUUGGAAUAAUCAUCAUCCUGGUGCAGAAGCUUCAGUCCCCUGAUAUCGGAGGAAACGAAUCAAGUAUUUAUCUCAGCUGUGCUCAGAAAUGCUUCAGUGAGCCCACACAGGCUGUUCAGCAUUCGUGCAGGAUGUCAGAGUUAUCCACCAUCACACUGCGUCUGGCGCGCUCCACCCUCCUGCUCAUCCCCCUGUUUGGUAUUCACUACACUGUGUUCGCCUUCUCACCUGAAGAUGUCAGCAAGAGAGAGAGACUGGUCUUUGAGCUAGGACUGGGAUCCUUCCAGGGCUUUGUUGUGGCUGUCCUCUACUGUUUCCUCAAUGGAGAGUUUCUCCCUGAAGGUGCAGUCGGAGAUCAAGAGGAAAUGGCGCAGCUGGACAGUGAACAGGUACUUUGCUGUGGACCUGAAGCAGCAAAGGCACCCUUCGUUGGCCAGCAGUGGAGUGAACGGCGGGACUCAGCUGUCAAUUCUCAGCAAGAGCAGCUCCCAGAUUCGCAUGUCCAGCCCACUGGCGGAGAAUGUCAACAUCAGCCUCCCAACCUGAGCGUCUGAUUGGCAGGAGUCAACUUCAAGGUGCCGUUCCACUUAUGUACAUCCAGACCAACCAGAGCAGACCAAAGUGGCCCCUCAUAACUCUUACAUUCUAUAGUUAGGCCUUCUGAAAAUGAGAUAUUUCUGAAAGCAUUUACUGGAGAUUCUUUAGAGGUGCAUAGCUGACUUUCAUACUUUAUAACUUCAUUUGAAUAUACAUGAUGAUUUGUUUGAGUAUUUUAGUCGACUCUGAUCUUUCCUGAUUAAAGAUGCACUUGAUAUCUUAACUGAGAAAUUCCACUACAUACAUUAAAAAAGAGACAUAAUAGAAAUUCCCUUUCUACCAAUGUUAUCUAUUUUAUUUUUUUUAAAUAAUAUUGAUGUGGAGUUGUUGCCAAAAACAGUACCAACUGUAAAAAAAAAAAAAAAAAAGAAAGAAAACAGUAGUUAAACAUUGAACGUAGGGGUCAUAUUUGGCUGUUCGUGUGUAAAGUAAAUGUGCUUCAAAGUGCCAUACAGGUUGCCUGACUGGAUCCGAUCUCUUUACAGUCCAAAGUUAAAUAACAACCGUGUUCGCCUUGCUUGUACAAAUGCACGUUGUUUAAAUGUUUCAUCUUAAAUUUAAACAUUUUUCUACAAUCAGCCGUAAGUACAGAGUAUGUCAAAAGAUAAAUGGGGGUGGAGGGUGGGGGGGACUCAUAGACUUUGUAAAUAGUUACUGUUGGUGUUACGAUCAGAAUUUCUUUCUUUUGCAUAACGCAGUAUUGUAAUGACCUUUUCAAACAAAAGGAACUGGAGCCCAAAUCUGUAGAUUUCAUCACACAUCCUGAGGACCCAGAAGAUCCUUCCCCGUAUAUUCUGACCAAAUUUUUUUAUAUUAAAUAAAAAUACACACAGUAUAUGAAUGAACACAAUGCCAAUGAAUGAGCACUGUAGGGCAGUGGUUUCCAACCUGAAGGUUCACAAGAUUAAUCUGAGGGGUUGUGAAAUGUCAGAUACAAGUUAGAAAAGAAAACCAACAUUUUUCACCAUUAAAUUGUGUUUAUUUUAGCUUUUUUCAUGUAAAACCAGAUACUUUGAUGUCUCCAGGCUUCUAAAAAUAUUCAAACUAAAGCAUCUGAGAAAGGAAAAUCAGGCUUAGCUUGAAGUGAUCACAGCUCGUGAAAAUGUGUGACUUUUGAUGAGGGGUCGUGAGUUGACUUUGAAUUGUUUUAAAUGAUCACAAGACAAACUAUAGACCAUCUGGCGAUGGGAUCUUGCUCGGACCACACCCAUCUUGGCAAGACACACGCUGCGUAGCAUCCAAUUGCUAGGAUCGGCCAGGCGUCCAUGCUCCCACAUUCAGGUCCUGUCCCCAAGCAAAUUGGACUGUCCUGACCCUAAACACUCGAGGUCAAUGCCUACCCUCAACCAUCUUGCCUAACCACUCAGCUGCUACGCAGGUCGCGUCUUGCCAAGAACAGUGGGAUUUCUGAUUUAUACUCACAGCUAGUGUCAGUAAUUUCCUCCAGUUGAUUUCCCUCUCACAGACUUCAUGCAGACUGUGAACAUAACAUGUGCCAUUUAGUGGAUGCUUUUACCCAAAGCUCCUCAUAGUGCCAUCAGUUUAUAUGUACAGCAUUGUAUUGUAGGCAGCAAAAAUCAAACCCCCAACAUGCUCUUAAACAAUAACAGGACUCUUUGUCUUUGUCCUCUUUUCUCUAAGCUUCAACCCAUCGUGCCAUAAUAAAUUGCUCUUCAUUUAAAAAAAAGAAGUAAUGAAUCAUCUCCUACACUUAUAUUCCAAAGUGCCUAUAGUCAGUCUCAAAUAGUUGUCACUUUUAUUUCCAGUACAUUAAACAGAUAUCUAUCUAAAGUUGUAGUAAGAGUCAUUUCCUGCAGAGAAUGUACAGAGUGAUGUGUUUUUAUUGUGGAUUGUGGUGCAAUUCUUCAAGUGAAAAGAGUCCUGCUUUAUUUAUUUUUUAAUCAUGAUGAGUUUGACAAUAGUUGUGUAAUAGCUCCACAUAACUGCUAUCAUUUAUUCAAGAUAGUCCGUUUCAAUUCAGCACCAACGUCAAACACAUAAACAGCUUCAAAACAAUACAUGUUGUUACGGUCAACACAAAAUGCUUUCAUGUGACAGCUCUUGACAAUCGCAGAGUGUUGCCCAUUUUCUCUUUCUGUCUUUUUUGUUUUUGCACAAACUAAGCUAACAAACAAACAAUAACUGUCGAGCUGAGGAAAUCAUUUAAUAAGAUGAAAUGUGAUGUGUACGAUGUGUACAGGAGGAUUUAUUCACAAUAUUUACUCAAGAUAUUUAUUUUUUGACUGUCAUCUGAGCUGAUUAAAAGAAUGUAGUAUCUUUAAACAAUGUAUUGAAUAUUGUUGAACAGAAAAGGAUGUAUAUUUAUUUACCAUAAACUGGUUCCAUGUGAAUUGACUCAAUGCAUAGUACACUUUUGUCAUUUAGUUGUAUGCCUGAUGUAUGAUUUCAUUACAUUGAUUGAUAUUGACUCUCUUGGUCAAAGUGCCAUAAAUGUAGUGACAACUUGUGGCAUAAUGUCUCAUUUCUAAUUUUAAAGAAAACAAAAAAACACUCACAGGAAAUUGCUGUCCAAAACUACAGAGGAUAUUGUGAGAAAUAAAACAAAUACAUAAACUAAAAGUGAGAUAAAACAUACACACCACUGAGGAGAUGCAUCAGUUUUAUGCAUCUGCUUGGCUGCUUUUCGACAAAACAAUGUGUGACAAGAUACUAUCGAGUGAACUAGAGCCAGAGGUUUAAUUAGGAAGUGGAACAACUGCAACAGAUAAAACACAAAGUGUGUAUGAGGGUGUGAUUAAAAACCACUCUGCUGCUGCUUACGUGUUCUGUCACCAGCCGUCACUCUGAGUCUGAAUCGGCUCAGAUGGAAACGACCAUGUCUAAAAGCUGUUACCGUCUGUAAAAGAAGAGUAGACAACUCCUUACUUUACUAUGUAUGUGCUGUAUAUUUGUUUACCACAAGGGGGCAGCAAAGUCUUAGAAUUUUUGUUUGACAGUUUUAUAGAGAGGGGGAAGUUUGACUAGCAUUGAUUUGCUUUUUGAGCCUUGUACUUUGGAUUUUGGAUGAAAUAGGGGUAGUGUGGGUCAUUGAGGCACUUGAAUGCCACAUGCUUAACAUUGUUCACAUCUACGUUUUGUGAUUUUUCUUUACACAAAUCAACAAACAAGCCUACAAAUUGGAAUUUUCUAAAUCCGUGCUGAUGCCCCCUCUAAAUCCUAGAAUUUUCUUCCUUGUCUCUUUAAUUUCAAAACAAACUGUGAACUACUGAGAUGCGAGUAAUAAUUGAGAAUUGGGGGCACCUUUAACUGCUAUAAUAAAUGCAAGCUGUGUAAUGUAAUUUUUGCUAAAGCUGACCACACCUCUCUCCACCCAUGUACCUCUUCUUAUGGUUAGUUUAGCAUUACGGUAACACACUAAUCUUUAUGUGUCAAAGAAAAGCACUUGACAAGUUUUCUCAAAGCAAUAGUCUAACAAUUUCGGAAAUAUGUUCAUUCACUUUCCUGCUGAAGUUUAGGUGAAAAGAUUAAUAACACUUUCAUGUGUGUAAGCUAAAUAUAAGGCUACAGCCAGCAGCCGUUUAGCUUAGCACAAAGACUGGGAGCAGGGGGAAACAGCUUGCUGGCUCUGUCGAAAGGAAACACCUCACUUAACUUCCUGUAAAACCACAACAUGUAUUUCUACUCUUCUGUUGUUGUGCAGAUUAAACAAACAAGAUGUAGGCCUAGACCUAACUUGUCUAUUAGUGUGCAUCCACUAGCUAAUAUCUACUAGCUAGCUGUUUAAUCUUAGCUACUAUAUAUUGGCUAAUUAAUAGCUACAUUAUAUCUAGAUUAUCAUUAGCUAACUGUCCCCCCUAGAUCUUACUCUCAGCAAGAAAGCGAACAUUUCUUGUAUUUCCAAAGAUGUCAAACUAUUCCUUUAAAGGUAACUAUUCAGUGUGUUUGUGUGUGUUCUAUUGAUUGCCAAUGAAUUUUUGAAUGUACCGAUGUUGCUCAGCUGCUCUUAAAUGUCGCCUGCUAUCAAUUUGCCAUGGUGUACAAAUGAUGUCUUUUCUUGAUUAUACAGUACACUGUAGAUGUAUAUUUUUGGCACACAGGUCGGUGGACCUCUUGACGAAGACCUGUAAUGUUUGUGACCGUGUUUUUGUACAUUUAUGUUAAUGUAACAGUUUUUAGAGUGAGUAUGUGAGUAUGUUUGAAAGUUGGAGCGAGUGUAUUCUGUAUGCAUGUGUAUGUAAUGACAAGCAUAAUUGAGGAUCUAAGUAACUUAAAUGUCAAAAGAAUAUCUAUAAGACCUCAUCUAUAUUAUGUUCUACCUGUGACAGUGUGUCAUGCGUAACAUGCGUUCUGGUGUCCAAAAUUCAUGUCCCAGGUUGUGUAAAUUUGACUGCAAAAUAAAUCUAUCUGUGAUAAAUUGUU